AUGCUUCUGCCCAACCGUGACUUCACAACAGUUGGAGAAGGUAACAACAUCGACUUUAGCCCUCCACUUCACACACUAGUUGGGCAUGAAGAUGACAUGCGAGAAGAGGAGCCUGAACUCGAUCGAGCUGAGGAUCGAGUUGAGGAUCGAAUCCAGAUUGAAGAGGAGCUAGGCGAGCCGGAUUGCUACUAUUUUGAGGAGUAUGAAGCUCCAAGGAUGAAUCCCUCUGUUGUGGCUGCUCACAAGAGGAUUGGACUCCUCCAAAAGUUCAACAAGUGGCAAGGGAAGGCAAUGAAGAAGAUGCAAAAUUCCAUGGAUAAGAUGGUGAGCAAAAUCAAGAGCUUGGAGAAGAAGGUCACUGGUUCUUCAUCUAAGAAGAACAAGGCAUCUCUCACCUCUCCAUUCCGUAGGAGCCUCUCAGUUUUGACAACACCAAGGAGACUCCCAGCUCAAGAUCCGCCCAGAGCCUCAUCAUACGAGCCAAGAGAGGCAGAAGAAACCGAACUCGGUCGAGUUGGUGGUCGAGUUAAAUUUGAGGAGCCGGAAUUUGAGAAUCCGGGUUAUGAGUUUGAUCCAGCGCCUUACCAGGACUUCCAUCAGAGCAGCUGGCCUCCAUACAACCGGUUUGAGCGAGCCAGAUUCCACCAAGGCCAAGGGAGCCACACUCACUUUGAGGAUGAUGAUGAAGAGCCACAAACCAAUGAAGGCUGCACGGAUAUCGUGGAAUGGAGUGCUCCAGAACUUGCUUCCCAGAUCUUUGGGGAGCACUUAGGUAUCAAACAUUUCUCCUUGUAA